GGAGGGCGGCCUCAUCAGCAUAUCCCUGCCCCCCAUCCAGAUCAAGUCUUUGCUCGCCAGAUCUGCACGUAGCCUGCUGCUUAGUGGAGCUAUAACCCAACAGGGUGAAUUACUAGUGGCCGCAGCAGGGGAAUGAGUCAGACCACUGGAUUGCUUUGUCCCUGUGCAGGCUUGGAAGCAAUCUGCUAUUCUGCGUUCACCGUUCCGUAAGGGUCCGAAUAGGUCGGUAUGAGAAACCAGCAAACUCCUAUAAUCAGAGAGAAUGUUUUCUACCCGGAGAUAGAGCCCUUGUGCAACAAUUCCGCAGACACUUCCAGGCGUCCGGGCGAGAGCGAAUCGGAAAAAGUCGCAAUGUGUAUCACGACAACCGGGCGACCCGCACCCACUUGCGAUCGGUUCCGAGCUGGGAGCAUUAGCGAUGGUGUGCGCCAAAUAGAAUGCCAGAGAGAGAAAUCAUUGCUUGCCCAGCCUGUUUUUCUUUUCGAGAAGAAGGAUCGGCCAAUAAAGAGACAUGCAGACCUCAGCUCAAAUGCAGAAAAUAGUCUCUGUGUGUAUCCUGAAAAGAGGCUCCGAUCAUCUUCAUUCACAUUCAGGCCAACCCAGUCCUCUACCGAUACAGAUCGUAUCGUCUUGGAUAAACGUGUCCGCUCUUCCUCCUUCACUCUUCUGACAAGUUUCCCUCCAAACCAGCCUGUGCUGAAGAAUAAUGUAUUCACUCCAUCUACACUUCUACGGGAGCAGAGAAGCAGCACAGAUACAGGAAAUGUUCCCUCCUGGACGGUGAUUAAACCAGCGACGCUGCAGCCUCCGACCAUAACCACCUGCAGAAAUGGGGAGAAGACAGAAGCUGCCGCUGUCUCCACCAAACAAGAAAAUACGAGACAUGAAGUAAAAAGUUACACUCCAGUAAGCAACGCGGAGCAGCCGAAAUUGUCUUCUGGAUCUGCAUGUACCUUGGGCAUUGGAACAAGGAUGCAGCCAUUUGAGAAAAUGUUUAUGGCGAACAAAUACAAUGUAGAUUUUGUCUUCGGAGAAAACAUGGAAAAAAGAGUCAUGAGCCCCCAGAGGAGGACGGCGUCUCAGACCAGCGCAUCCAGGAGGGAAGUCUCAUCAGCAAGAGUAUCUUGUAACAGGAACUGGCCUUAUCAAAGACGCAGAUCACAUACAAGCCUUAUAGAGUCUGCUGCUGCGUACACCUCCAAGCCCAAACUAAAGUAUGAACUGGACCAAGUGGAUAUUGUCACAGGAGAGGAGUCUGAGCGAAAUGUACUGCAGGUUAAUUGCAAGUUGUUCAUUUUCAACAAAGAGAAUCAGGUGUGGACAGAGCGAGGACGUGGCUACCUAAGGCUCAAUGACACAGCCUCCAACAGCAAUGGAUCACUCCGAUCACGAUUAGUGAUGAGAAACCAUGGAAAUCUGAAGCUGAUUCUAAAUAGUAAAAUCUUCAGUGAAAUGAAACUAGAGCGGGCGAACAGGAAAUGUGUGCGCAUCACCGCCACGGACCUGACAGACAACAACAUCAAGAUAUUUCUUGUGCAGUCUGGUGUAAAGGAUGCUGCUCGUCUCUAUGCUGCCAUUCAUCACCGCCUCAUCGCACUAAAGAGCCAAAGGGACCAGGUCCUAGAUCGGAGCAGCCCGUACCCAGAAGAUGAGGUAGACUCGCGUAUACGGCUGCUGAACAGUGACAGUGAAGACGAGGACGAUGAUGAUGAUGAUGAUAUGCUCCUGUAUCCCAGCAAGAUCUCUGACCACCACCAGUGGAUCCGUCGGCAGCCCGUCCUGUACUCCUGACAGUCAGCCUUCAUUACACACUUUUCUCCGCCUUGCAUCUUUAUGCUCUAAGGACACAAACCAUCUCCGGAAGACAUACAAUCUACAAAACACAACAUGAUAUAUAGAAAUAAACAAACAUGGCGUGAUCCGAAGUCAUGAAGUAAGCCAGGAACUGUGUGAAUAAACCUCACAGCAAUAUCUACAGGUGGGCACGUGGCACAGUCCACGGUGAUGCAUCACAAGCCACGUUCCGCACCUACAAUCCUCCGUGACACAUGCAGAAGACAGGACUGCUAAGUCACUGGGACAGCACAUAUACCUCAAGGACUACGAAUGCACCUUACUAUUGGUCAAACAGAUCCUAAGAUAAGCAUUCCUAUUGUCGGCGGGUUUGCACUUAAGAUCCAGUUUCCCUCCGAUUUUCAUUAUGCAAAUGGCGCUAUUGUGAUCUACGAGCGUGAAUUAAGAAAGAGUAUACAUAGAUCAGGCGAGAAUUGUGCAUCAUAUUGAUGGAUCGCGUUUACUUUUUUAUAAGCUUUGGGAUUUGUUUGCCUAUUUUGUAAUGUUAAAAUAUUACAGGUGGAGCUUCAAUUUAAGGGUAAAUGCACACUAGAUGGAUUUGCUGCAGACUUUCCGCGCUUAAAGUCACACUGUAGAUCUGCAGCAGUACCAGCAAAGUAGGGGUAAAUUUAGCAUUUUUAUUUUUACUUUUUUUUUUUUAUCUCAUUUACAAACAAAACUUUGCUUUGUUCAUAUGGCAGAAUGUCUGCAAUUCCACCCAAAUUCCUUUUAUCAAAGCGGCAUUGCGGAAUUCUGCCGAAAUUCAAGCCCCAUUGAGUUUUAAUGGGAUUCGGCCCACAAUUUUGCAAAAUUUUAAGACAGUUCUGUAAAUUUUGCAGAAUGCAGAAUUUCGGAAAUUUUGCUGUGUAAAUAGAACAGCGGAAUCCCAUUAAACAUAAUGGGCUUUACAUUUUGGCGGAAUUUCCAGCAGAAUUCCAGACGGAUAUUCUGCCGUGUGAACAUAGUCUAAAGCUUAAGGGGUACUCAGCCCCUAGACAUCUUCUCCCCUAUACAAAGGAUAGCACCCCAGACAUCCGGUGCAUGGAGCGAACUUCGUUCUGUACCGGAUGACUGGCGAUGCGGAGGCUCGUGAGGUAACGGCCACGCCACGCUUGUGACGUCAUGACCACGCCCCCUCAAUGCAAGUCUAUGGGAAGGGGUGUCACGCCCCCUCCCAUAGACUUGCAUUGAGGGGGCGUGGCCGUGACAUAACUAGUCUCCGGUGCUGCACACCACGCUCUAUAGGAACGCCAGGUGCAGCAGGGAGAUUGCGGGGGUCCCCAGCAGCAGGACCCCCGUGAUCAGACAUCUUAUCCCCUAUCCUUUGAAUUGGGGAUAAGAUGUCUUUGGGGCGGAGUACCCCUUUAAACUUCGGUGGGGAUUUGUAAAAUCUAAAAUGUGUUAAUGUAUGUUGCAGAUUUGCCACUGAUUUUCAUGUGGAAUCGCUGCAAUUUUUUCCAUAAGUAAACCAUCUAUUGUGCAUUUAAAGGUUUUGAGGGCUAAUUGUAAACUAUAUAUAUUUAUAUAAAUAUAUGUAUAUCUAAUCUUAUGUGUAUUUAAAAUUGUUCAAUACAUAAAUAUAUCUAUUUCUAUUUUAUUAACGGUCGUUACUGUAAUAUAAGAUUGAUAAUUUAAUUGGGUUGCAUUUGCAAUGGAAUUAAAAGAGAUAUUC